AUGGCGGAGAAUAAGGAAGCAGCAGCAACAUCUCCCUAUCCGUUGAUGCCCUCCGCCCCUAGCUACAUGCGGAGCGAUCAGGAAGCCGCAGCAUCUGCCCCGCCGAGCGCGGAGGAGCUGCGUCACAAGAAGCGCAUGAGGUGCCUUCUCUAUGUAUCCAUCUUUGCCGUUUUCCAAGUUGUAGUCAUAACAGUCUUUGCACUCACCGUGAUGAAAAUCAAGAGCCCUAAAUUCCGGGUCCGGACGGCGUCUAUCACUGGUUUUGAAGUCGGCAGCGCCUCGAAUCCGUCGUUUAAUUUGGAAAUGGACGUUCAUUUUGGGGUGAAGAACACCAACUUUGGUCACUUCGAGUAUGAAGAUGGCAUUGUUGUGUUUACAUAUAGAGAUGUGAGAAUUGGUCAGACCAAUGUGGAGGAGGAACGUGUUAGGGCAAGAUCGACUAGGAAGGUGGACGUCUCAUCGGUGGACUUGACUUCAAGAGGUUUGCCGGCAAACUCACGGUUGGGGAGUGAUAUUAGUACCGGGAUUAUUCCGAUUACGAUAUCGUCGAAGUUGGAUGGGAAGAUUCAUCUGAUGAAGAUUAUCAAGAAGAAGAAGUCUGCGCAGAUGAACUGCACCAUGGAAGUUGUUCUGGCCACAAAGUCUGUUCAAAAUGUAGUAUGCAAGUGA